UCUUCCAUCCGCUGCUUUUUUUACUUUGAUAUUUGUAAUCGUGGUGUCUGAGGGACUACACGCGGUGACGAUAAGAGACGUGACGCUGGUUCAUUGACUCGUUGGUCUGGUGGAACCUCUCUAACCUUCCUCUCCCUUUGACUCUCCGCUGGUUUUGGAGGCACCAGUGCAGCCGCGGGUUGAUUUUCCACAACAACAACGUCAGCAACAGACCAGACCGAGUUGACCCGACUCACCUGAAUGGGAUUGUCCGUCAGAAGUGCUCGUUUCUCUUUCUUUUCCUCUCUUUCUUCCUCCGGUGCUGAAAAGAACAGCGGCAGGCUUGACGGAGGAACGACGACUGGAGCUGUCCGGUGCUGAAACCACGAGGCUGCACGGGAGCUGUUCGCCCGAAGGUGCUGAAGACCAACGACCUUAAAAAGACACAAAAAAUCAACUUGAAUAUUUCCGUAUGAAGAAGAAAGCAAACGAAGAAGAGAAAAUAUUUUUUUUCUGGAUUCCCCGCCUCAGAGGGGGAACUUAGCCAUACAGGAAUUAUUCUAUUUCACUUAAAAAAUAUAUAUUUUUGACCUUUUCAAAACUCUAUAGGUCUUAAAGCUGCAAGUUAUCUGAAUGAAAACGGACUUUUCUUUUCCCAUCAAUCGCAGACACAAUCAUAGCCUGUAGAUUAACAUAAGUGAGUGUGAUAAAGAUGCACAAACACGUGAGGAGCGCUUGUUGACUUGUUCUUUAAAGGCCAUGUCUCCCCUGCACUUUGUAGCCAGUCUGAUGGGAGCACAGUAGAGUUCAAUCAGGUGUUUCAGAUUUCAGGGUUUUUGGUCAACUCGGACAAGGGUUAGUGUAGAAAGAGGAAGUGUAAGAGUGUGUGUGUUUUGUAUAAGUAUCGGAGAAACUACCGUGCCAUCAUGCCUCGCUCUUUCUUGGUGAAGAAAGUCAAACUGGACGAUUUUUCAGCUGCGGAGCUCGAGAGAUCGUAUGGUCACAGCCGAAGAGAGUCGCUCAGCCUGCGAUUCCACCACCAUGAUAAAGGCUACGUCAGCGAUUAUCUGAGUCCCAACCCGUACGAUGAUUUGGUGGAAGGUGACCCAUCCGUCAUCUCUAAAGUACCCUCCCCGAGCCACUCGUCAAUCAUCUAUAGCCGCAUCAACAACACCUACACCGAUAUCCAUGCAGACAUCCACAGUGACAGCCACAGUGACAUCCACAGUGACAUCCAUGGGGACUCGGACCAGCCAGACAGCCCGAGGUCUGAGGUCUCGUCGUCGGCCGGCGGCUACAUCAACGGGGACACGGCCGUUAGCGAGGGCUACACAGUGGACGCCUUCUUCAUCAUGGACGGACGAUCUCGGAGGAAAGCCGCAGAGAGCCCCAGAGGAGCCACCCAGAGGCACACCUGCAGCGAGUGCGGCAAAACCUACGCCACCUCCUCCAACCUGAGCCGGCACAAGCAGACGCACCGGAGCAUCGACAGCAAAAUGGCCAAGAAGUGCCCCACCUGCGGGAAAGUGUACGUGUCCAUGCCCGCGAUGGCCAUGCACCUGCUGACCCACGACCUCAAGCACAAGUGCGACGUGUGCAGCAAGGCGUUCAGCCGGCCGUGGCUGCUGCAGGGCCACAUGCGCUCGCACACGGGCGAGAAGCCGUUCGGGUGUGCCCACUGUGGGAAGGCCUUCGCCGACCGGUCGAACCUACGCGCUCACAUGCAGACGCACUCGGCCUUCAAACACUACAAGUGCAAACGCUGCGACAAGACGUUCGCGCUCAAGAGUUACCUGAACAAACAUUACGAGUCUGCAUGCUUCAAGGGGUCCUUCUCCCCCAUGAGCUCGUUGGGCGAAUGAUGGAUCAUCCAAGCACAGAUGGGGUUUAACCCACAUAUUUAGAUCCAAUGUGACUCACCUACUGCUUUUUAUGCUUCCCCACCAACGACAUGACAAGUACGCCUGAGCGUUACAUGG